AUGAAGAGUGGAGCUACAGUAACAGAGACCGAGGCUUUUGGUGAGCAUACGACAGCGGCACGACGUAUGCGGGAAGAAUACAAGUCUGAUCUUGCCUCAGCCGACGACACCCAGGCCGUGAUUAUCAUUGAUUUCAGUCAGAACCUUACAUUGCCUAGUGUGAGCAACACACCGUCGCAGUGGUACUUCCUUUCGCUUCGGAACGUGAACAUGUUUGGGGUAUUCUACGCAAACAAGAACAUCCAGUAUAACUACGUGUACGACGAGAGUGUGGCUGGUAAAGGUGCCGAUGAAGUUAAUUCGAUGCUGCACCAUUUCAUCAGCCAGAUCGUCGUUCCUGCGGGGUUCCGAAAGCUCACCAUUUACGCCGAUAACUGUGGCGGACAGAACAAGAACAAUUUUGUCGUGCGGAUGCUGCUGACACUGGGCACAUACGUCGCUUUUGGAUGA